AUGUCAAUCGUCUGUUUGUUCCAUCUCUUUGUCUUCAUCGCCGCCGACACCAUGCGCCCUGGUCUCUACAGCUGUGAGCCAUGCCUCAAGAAAGCCAUGGACUGGUUUCCCAGUAAGGCAGAACCCAAGGAGAUUCCAGCGAUGUGUAUCGAUGAAGAGGAUUUCGACAGAGAGGACUUUUGUUGCAGUCCCUGCGAUAUGAACUGUGGUGGCGGUACUCGGCGCAUGGGAACUCUGCUUGAACGCUUCAUCAAGCACAUCAAGGCCAAUCGCCGCGUCACCAAGGAGGCGUACGAUUCCAACCCAAAGACCAUCCGCCUUCGCAAGAAGGCUAGCCGCGCUAUCGCAUCGCACUCAAACGGAGAUGCUGCUGACUCCAUGAAGGACCAUCGCGCUGAGCACAAGCGUGUCGUUGCCACCAACACGCUUUCAACUUUGAUCGACAUCAGCAACAGUCUGCGUAUCAUCGCUCAGUGCACUCUCCACAAGAGUGGCUUGGAAGCUGGUAUCGCCGACCUUCUCGAGAUACCCGCCCGCUGUGGCCCAGAGAAGAUGCCUGAGGAGUGUCUUUGGAAGUUUCCUUUGGAUGAGAAUGAGGAUGAGGAGAACUAA